AUGUCAAGCAAGUCUUGCAAUGAAACUGAACAUCAAUGUAUUCAUCAAUCUCGAUGUCUUAAUGGCUCUAUUUGUUAUCCGGUAUCUAUGAAAGAUCGACGAAUUUGUCCAUGUAUGAACAUGACGAACAGUACAAAUACAACUACGACUGCAACUACGACUACACCUACAACUACAACUGCAACUACGACUACGACUACGCCUACCACUACAACUACCACUACGACUACGAUUACGACUACGACUACGACUGCAACUAUGACUACAACUACAACGGCAACAACUAUUCAAGAAGGAGGCAUACCAUUUUCGCUGGUUGAUUCGUCUCCCAAUGAUACAACACAAGGAGAAGUGCUCAUCGACAAAAUCGUUUGUUGGGGAUUAGCAAUGGAUGAGCAAAGGUAUCUCUACAUUUCUGACGACGAAAUACAUGAAGUAAGACGAUAUCAAUUGGGUGAGAAGAAUGGCACUCUCGUAGCUGGUGGAAAUGGACAAGGUGAUGGACUCAAUCAACUCAAGUUUCCGAAAUAUCUCGUUGUCGAUCGACAACAGACUAUCUACGUAUCAGACAACAACAAUCACCGUGUAGUGAAAUGGAAUAAAGGUGCAACAGAAGGUAUUGUGGUCGCUGGAGGAAAAGGCAACGGGAAUGCUUUGACACAAUUAUAUUGGCCUAAUGGAUUCUUCAUCGAUACACUGGGUACACUCUAUGUAGCAGACUCGGGGAAUCAUCGUGUAAUGCGUUGGACUCAAGGAGACAAUAAAACAGGCACUGUAAUUGUGGGUGGAAAUGGUCAAGGAGCAGGAGCUAAUCAGUUCAACGUCCCCCGUGGUCUGUCUUUCGAUAGACAAGGUAAUCUCUAUGUCGCCGAUACGGAUAAUAAUCGUGUUCAACGAUUCUCUAUCAAAUAA